CCGCUCCACAGGCCACCGGCCAUCCGAGAAAAGCGGCAGAGAGCGCGACUAAUUUCGCGAGCAACGCGAAAGCAGCCAAACUUAGGAGCAUCUAUGAUGUGCGCGUAUCAUCCGAGGAACUGCUUGGCCGAGGUAAGGGCACGGAGGAGCCGGCCGGCCCAGCAGUUCGGCAGACCGCAGCCGCCGCAGUCUCGGACUCGACGGCAGCAGUACGCGGCUGAGCAGCUGCGACAGCGGGCCUUCAGCGGCCAGCUGGUCGACACGGGCGCGCACACACCGCCGCCGCCACAACGCGAGGCAGGGAGCCAGUGGCCGGACAGCGAACCACCGCCGCACCGCACAGUGAGCGUGUGGCUGUCGCCGCCGGACCAGCCGGAGCGGAGGCAGAUGUGGCAGUGCCGCUCCGUAGACCCGGAGCCCGACACCCUCUCAGGCCGCGCGCUGACACACCAGGCCGGCGGCCAGCACGCCGAAACGUUACAAGAGAGACUGCUCGACGAACUGGCCCAGAGGACCGGACAGGCCGACCUGGACGGCACCGCGCCGCAGCGGCUGUUGGAUGAGCUGGCCCCGCGGACUGGACGCGCCGGCCUCGACCGCGGCCAGGUCGAGACGCUGCUCGACCCCGCUCAAAGAUGAGCCUCAGGCACCACGACCCCCGACCCGACCCGACCUGUCCCGGCCGAGCGCCGGCGCGGCGGCUGGCGACGGUCACCGCUCGCCGUCAGCCGUGCCUCGCAGUGCAAACGCCAGCUCCCUCAGUGGCCCGGCCGCCGCGCGGGGAAUAGACACAUGUUAUAUGGAGGCGACUGCAUCCACCUGUUCUUUACUCACUGUAACUACACUGUGAGGGGAAAACAAACGCCCUUAUGCAUCCCAUGACAUACCGCAUGACUAGUGCUUGAAUGAGAUCAGCAUCUAUCCAAUAAAACUGUGUGGACAUUGUUAUAAAAAUUGCUGGAUCAGUGACACUUUCUUUAACGACACUUGCACAAGCCCACUUAGCGAGUGAGCACCAAACGAAUGAGCGAGUGGCGAGUGACAAGCUUGAUAUAACCUAAUGUAAAAAGGCAUCGGACUAUCAGUGGGCAAGGCCUUUUUACUUGAACUUACGUAAGUUCAAGGCUUAUUUAGACAUGUCAACACACAUCACCUGAAGCAUCCUAUUAUCACUGACGAUGGAUUAAGAGACUCAUAUUAUUGAUAAACGAUUAACAAAUUGACAACUCAAGGUCCACAUUUCCAUUAAUCAUCGCUCAUAUCCGCUCAAAGCUAAGCAUGGAGCUCGCGAAAGUCAUGAUCCCGAUAGGUAACACAAGAUAGUAAAACCGUUUGCGCAUUCAGAAGCCGAGAGAGGCAGAUAUGGCGACACGUUUUUUUUUUUUGCAUUUAGUCUUGUGUAUUGUGGGAAAACUAUUUCUAAUCGUGACGAACAUGCAGAAUAACAGCCCAUUGGCCAUCAUAGACAAAAGGUAGAGAUAUUUGCAGGGCUGAGCGCACAGAGAGAACAAUUAAUACUUGAUUGAUAUGUAACAACACAACAAAUUGAAAUGCUCACUAUGCAGGUCACGCUGUCUCCAUAAUUACUUCAGCUCUCGACUCUCGAACGCGUCCCGAGCCCUGGGAGCGCCCCGCCAUCGGUGACGUCACCCCCGAGUGGCUGGCGGUGUGGAUGACGUCACCGGUGGGCCGGGCGGGGUGCCGUCACAUGCCGGCCGGUGUGGUCCCGAGCCCCGGCCGGCACCGACCCAACGUGGAGCACCCGUCCCGGCCGCGGCCCGAGCCUGGCCAGUCACUGACACCGAACAGGCCCAUCCGGACCCCACCCUGCUUACCUGUCCCGAAGGACCCAACGUAUGCCCCGACUGAUCUCCACCUCCUACUGGGUUGACACGGGACCCUUGCGGGCUGCGGCAGACCUGCACUUCCAGGCGGAAAGACCCGCUGUCCUUCGGACUGCUGCUCACUGGAAUCUUUGGGUCCUUGUCCUGGAACUCAGGGAGGGACCCGGAGAGUCGUUGCCUCCCCGACCCCUACUCCGGAGUCCGGGAUGGCGGGCGACUCGCCCAGCCUCUCCCGGACAGUGUACAUAAUAUCAGCGCGCGGCGCGUGGCUCGCUCGGUUCUCCGCUGUGAGGAGGCAGCGCUGCUCUCGACUUGUUCUUGUUCUUGAUUCGCCGUUUUGUGCGCGUCUUGGUGUGAACGUGAAAUACAUGUAUGCAUAGCGUAUCGCUAGA